UGCACGAGGCAGGUGGGGGGGUCACGUCGGGAAGACCGAGGAGCUCUGUGGGGCGAGAGGUGAUCGGAAGGAGAGAGGCGGCUGCAGGCUGACAGCGUCGCCCCGCUUCCCCCUCACCAAGCUUGGGCACACUUGCCCUGCCGCGCAUAACCAGCCCAGGGGAACCCACGCGGGCAGAAGCGCGAAGCCCCAGGAAACUGACUCAAGCGGAUGCCCCGCCGCCCCCCUUUGCCCCGGCGGCGGUGCUCUGAGCACCAGCGCGGCUGAAGCUCCCGAAUUCCCGCGGCGCCCGCUUCGCUGGAGUUUCUUCGCUCUCAGAGGCCGUGCGUCUUGUCUGCUGCCUUCCCACGAAAAUACACGGCUACCAACCUUUGCAAGUGACCUUGUUUAGCAGCCUCCGUCUGGAAACGCCUUCUGUUGCAAAGAUUACCUCAUAAAUACCGUCAACCAGAAGUCAGGAGAAAAGCCACGGGUAGAUUGGAAGCUAUCUGAGAGAUGUUUAAAAUCUGUCCUCAAAAGGAGUAGCAGCAAAAGAACAAAAAAUUAUCAGUGGCAUUGUAUUGGGAGCAAGAACUCUUUAGCUUGGCCUUAAGAACGAACACAAAAUAAGGCAAUUGUACAUUAGGAAAUGCCUCUGACUCAGUGAAUUGUGGAAUUGUGGGCAAAGACACCAAGACAUUUUGAUUUUUUGAGAGAAAUGCCACAAGUCAUCUGGGCAACCUAGAUGGGUUCUUUCUGAGUAGCACUCCCAGGAGAAGCCCCCAUCUCCCAGGAAUAGCAUCUGCAAAUUCCAUUUGAAGAAAGAGCAGGUUGUGAGGAAAUGUUGGAUUCUGUCAAAUGUGUUCUGGUGGGCGAUGCUGCUGUGGGGAAAACAGCCCUGCUGCUGCGCUUUAUUUCUGAGACAUUUCCAGAUGCUUACAGGCCAACUGUUUAUGAAAACGCAGGAGUUGAUGUUUUCCUGGAUGGCAUCCAGAUUAGUUUAGGCCUUUGGGAUACUGCUGGCAGUGAUUCUUUCAAAAGCAUUCGUCCUCUUUCCUAUCAACAGGCUGACGUGGUAUUAAUGUGCUAUUCAGUGGCCAAUCACAGCUCAUUCCUAAGCUUAAGGAACAAGUGGGUGACGGAGGUCAGAACCCACUUGCCUCGAAUCCCAAUUUUAGUGGUGGCUACCCAGACUGACCAAAGGGAUACAGGUCCUCAUAGCGCAGCCUGUAUCAGCCCAGUGCAUGGCAAACAACUGGCCAAGGACAUCCGAGCUAAGGGUUAUGUGGAGUGCUCAUCUCUCACCAAUCGGGGAGUUCAACAGGUAUUUGAACAUGCUGUCCGGACAGCGGUGAAUCAAGCAAAAAAAAGAUCAAGAAGGAAUAUUUUUUCAGUUAAUGAAUGCAAAGUUUUUUGAAUGCCACUCUGCAUCAAUUUCUGUCUCCAUGUCAUUGAACGAUUUCAACAUGGAAUGAAGAACAGCAUCCCAUUCUGUUAGCAUUAGGAUGGGCUAUUUAGCACUGGCACCUGGAACUUUCUGUGGGAAUACAACAACGAUGCCAUCUGAUUUCCAGCGGCAUAAACUGGAGACUAUGAGUAGCAAUCCAGACCCUCAUUUUUUAUUAUGAUGGGAAUAUCAGAGUGUAUUUACUACUAGAAGUUUUGUAGGUUUCAUGAAAUGAGUUUGCUUUCUACAUCCGAGAUAAUGGAUGGAUAAUUUAUAUGGCAGACUUAACAGAGGCUUGAGAGCUGGACAGUACAGAAAUAUGUGAAAUAAACAAAACCAAUUAAAUGCCCUUUUCUCUAAAGUAUUGUAGAGAUUGUUCAUCUACUAACGAUUCUGAACAUUCUGUACUGAUAUCAAUCUUUUCUACCCUUUGCAGGUCAUAGAUCAGAUUUCUGGAGAAAAGAAAAUAUAGAUGCACCAGCUAAUUUUAAUUUGGUUUAAUUUAUACUUUAUUUCAUUUUGCCAGAAUUGGAUGUUGCCCUGAUAGUUCUACAUUCAAAAACGAGCUGCCAGUGUGAAAAUCAGAUAUAUAUUAUAUCCUGUGGCUUAAGACAGAGAUUAGCUCUAGUGUGCCCAGUAGGAUGCGGAUGGAGAUCUUCAGACUAUGACUCCCAUUUUUUAAUCACAAUGCAAUAGAAAUAAUAAUAAAAAACAUGUACUGAAUUGUAUGCAAAAUUCUAUUGUCUACCAUCUUAGUGAAAGAUGAUAGACAAUGAUGGAAGCUAAGCUUACCUACCUUCACAAUUAAAAGAAAUUCUCUCUUCCAAAAGGGGCUAUUGACAGCUGAGAGAAAAUACAUAAACUGAACAAAAUAGUAAAUUGAUUGAAUGAUUCCUGUACAAGUAGUAGCUUCAGAAUUGGCAAAAAUACAAGACUGAAUCGCUCCUUACCACUGCCACCCCGUGCAACACUGGUUGGAUUCCCUCUUACCAGAAGUGGUUAAUGGACCAGGAUGCUGCCUGGAAAUCAAACAAACAAAAACAGACACAGUAAACUGUUUAAAUAGAGUUUUCUGGUAGAAAAAUAUGUCUGAAGCUAGAUGGAAGAGUAGACAAGAUCUGGAUAUAUGAAUUCAUGAUUUAGAAAAUAUGUUCAUAAAAGCUGUUAAAACUCCCCAAACAAAGCUUGGCAAUCUUUAAAGGAAAUAUUUCAUUCAAAUAUAAAUAACAGCACCAGUAGCUUUUCAAUAGGAAAGUCAGAAAAUCAGUUAAGACCAUUCACUGGAAUUGUUAAUAAUAAGAAUCUUUCCUAUUUAUCUUAGGAGAAGGAUAUAAUAAUAACCACAUAGAAGUUUUGAGAGGAAUGGAUUUCCUCCCGUUACUUAUCUGAUCCUCGCAGUCCACAUGUUGACUAUUUUACCCGGAAGAACAUUAGUGUUGCGUUGCUGAAUCAGACAAGGGUCUGUCCAUUUAAGUUAACAUCUUGCUUCUAGCAAUAGUCUCCUAAAAUUUGGAAACUCCUAAGUACAACUUAAAAAUAGCCCUCCUGUCUCAUUUGUUUCAGACAUUUGCUAAAUCUGUUUAGAUAGCAUAACUAAAGUCACUUAUAAACUAAAUUCUAUGAAUGCAUCUGGCCAUUGUUGGGAAAUGGUGUAAAAACCCCCCACCAUUUUGUGGUGUUAACUUCUACCAGUUAAUUAUACAUUGUGUGAAGACUCCUUCCCUUUUUAUAUUUUACAGUACAUCUGAUAUUCUUUUUCUGAUAAUUCCAUUCUGGAUAAUCAGAGUUAAUCAGAAGUAUGACUUCCCAACUUUAUUAAAGGCCCACUCGUGGGCUUUUGAUAGUAAUUUGUUCUGAGGACAUUAAUGAAUACGAGGUACCUUAUCAUCAUGAAAGGCAUCACUUGAAAAUGUUUGCAGAUCAAGGUAUUCUUUAAGGCAUAGGAGCAAGAAGAGGCCUUUUUUUCUGUAAAGCCCUAGUGUCCUUUGCACAGUAGGAGCUGUUCUGUGAUCAUGCAAACUUUCUGAUAUUUGAUGGUUUUUUACUUAUCUGAAUUAAUAUCACGCAUGACAAAGGGAGAAAGCAAGAAACUAUCUAGAGUUGUAAGGCUCUGAGAACUCUUUCAGAACUUUAUUCUGAGCUGUGUUUUUGUGGUUUCAGUUCAACUACUGGCAAUUACCUUGACAGGUUUAUCUGUCUUUAGUUCUUAAGAGCUUGUUAACUGACUGUCACUCUCAAGGGACAAAGGUUGAGUGGGCUGAAUGGAAACUGCUUCAUACUUUAAAGUGUUCUGUCAAGUCUGUGCUUAAAUUAGGAACUGUUGUUGUAGAUGCUAACAAAAACUUACGUCAUUUCCUAUAUAAAGUAGAAGUUUAAGCUAUCUAAAGUACCACUUAUGUUUCCAGUGGGCAAGGAGUGGGCAAGCUGGACAUUAUAGUCUUUUUUUCAAAAUGAUCAUUUCUAAAUCAACACUAAAAUGGUGUAUUCUGUUUUAAUAUAUAUAUGUUCCUGAACUAUAGGUUUGCUGAAACUAGUUAAGUUCUUAAAGUAAAAGGGUACAUGCAACAUCUGUCUAUUUUCAUUUGUUAAGAAAGGGUUCUUUAAGGAUUCUGACUAAUGAGAAAAAAAAAAACCCAGCCCAACUCACGUCCCUUUUAAGAGCAGGUCGUCUGCAGAAAUCUGUACAGUACAAUUUAUUUAGGACAUAGAAAGGGAUCCUCUUACUUGCUCAUGACUGUAACUUGAUGAGGGACAGAGGAACCUCUGCCCAAGGACAUCUAAGUUGAUGCCUAAAAGAUGAUGGCUGGGAUGCAAAGAAUUCCUAUUUUAGUCUGCUCACUCUUUUUAAAAGCAAGAAAUCCAUGAAGUAAUAUUUUAAAGCAUUUUACUGUGUUUUAUGUUUGAAAUGAGGACAGCUGUGGUUUUCUUACUGGCAGGUCUGACUAUUUUUUGGGAUGCAUUUCCAGAGCCAAUUUCUUGUAACAUAUGCAAGGUAACAAAAAUAAAAACACCAGAGAAUGAGCUAGGAAGGCUCUUGAAUCAUUGAGCAGCAAAUAUCAAAAGUACCAGGCCAGUCUCUAAGGACCAACUUGGCUACCCUGUAUCUCCACAUUAUUCUAGUCAUCACUACAUACCGGAAUAUAGUGGUGAAGUAUCUAAGACGGUACACAAAGCUAAAAUAUAAUUUCUUUAGUUUGGGUGGAAUAAAUAUUAAGGCUGGGCAGCACUAGAGAUCUGAAGGGGAAAAGGUAUGUCAGAGUGCACACAGGCACACUAGUUAUGCCAUCCCAAGCAAACAUGGCUGCAAUAAGGAGUGGCUGCUCACAGCCCAUUCUGAGGAAACUUUUCCCUUUAAAUCAGAAGCAUAGCCCUAAUGUAUAGUCUGCAUCUAGACAACUACUGUUUCUUUGCUACAGCAAGAUAAAUCAAAACAUGAUUCAACAUUAAGAGUGAACCCAGCCCAUAAUGUAUGGAUGUUCUGCUUCUAGCAAUCAAGACUAGCAAAGAAAGAUGGUAGAAGCAGCAGACAGUAUUAUCUGGAGUUGCGAUAUUCCCCACUCCUAAUCAGGUUGGAAAAUGGGAACAGAUGUCAUGCGCUGGCAACUGUUUGUCGUGUUUAUAAGAAAUCAAACAAUGCUAUAAGUUAGAUAAAUUAAAUGAAAACUGUCAUAGUCUAGUAUGUUGUUUCACAGAUAUGCAUUAAGAAUUUAAUUUGAUCCAAAGAAAACUCUACCUUUUUUUAUAGGAGAGGAAGCUCUAAUAAAUGCAUGGGUGGGGGGACAGAAUCACAGAAGUAAAACCCAUAGUUAAUUAAGGAGGUUAUAUUUGUUCCCUGAGUCAAUCCUCUUCCUCUGUAUAGUUACACCUAAAAUCAAAGCAGAAAGUAUGUCUAUUGCAACCCUAUUCAAAAUAAUAAUUCAAGUGUGAGAAAUAUCCAGAAAAGAAUGAGAAAAGAAUUUCAGAGUAUUAGAAGAUCACCAUCUAAACAAGAACUAGCAGUAUGAUGCAGAAGCUAAUGCAAUCAUGGAUUGUCAGUGACCUAUAUUAACAGAAGCAUUGUGUCCAGUUCCAUUAUAACUCUGCACUGGUUAAACCAUGCUUUGGAGUAUUAAAUACAGUCCUGGGCAGCCCAUUUUAAAAGAAACAUGGAAUGGGUUCAGAGAUGUACCAGAAUGAUAAGGGAUCUAUGAAACAAGCCACACAAAUAACUGUUAAAAGCUGGGCAUGUUUAUCUUGCAAAGAUAAGACUAAGAGGAAAUAUGACAGCAGUCUACAAGCCUGUCAUAUGCAAAAGGGAGCAGAACUGUUCUCUGUUGAAAUUGUUAAAAGAAAGAAGAUGCAGUCUGAAUGUUAAAAAAAAAAAAGUUCUUCCAAUAAUGCUGUAAAGCAACAGAAUAGUAUACUUACAACAACUCUGCCACACUGGAGGUUUUCAAAUAAGGGCUAGAUGGCUACCUGUUGAAGAUGAUUUAGCGGAUUCCUGCACAGAGCAGGGAAUUAGACCAGGUGACUUCCCUUCCAACAAACAGAUUCUAUAAUUCUUUUAGAUUUAUUUACAUCUUAAUGUUUUUCAACAGGCUUAGGUUCUCUAAAUCUACUAUGUUCGGAUAUUAUUGCUAAAUAUUCAUUGCAAUCUUCAUCAGAUAUAUUAAUCAUUCAUCUAUCAAGGUAAAUGGAGUGGAAUUGUUAUUCUACCUAGAAACUACUGUGAUUACUUUCAUUUGUUGUUUAA